UCAGAAUCCUCUGACAGUCGCGAGGCGCCGAGCUUCCCCGCGCGGGAGCUUGGAUCCCGGUCCCAACUUGGAGCCUGACGGACCCUGCCCGAUCCGAUCGACCCCGGCCCUUGACCCUUGCCUCGUCCUUGCCUAACUCCCGCCCUGAUCCUGGUCUUGUGCCCGCCCUUGACUCCAGCCCCGGCCCCGGCUCCUCUCCGACCUUGCCCUUGACCCCUUGCUUCCAGCUCCUGCUUUGUCCUUGCCCCGAGCAGCUCCCUCCCCAAUUCUUGAGUCUGACCCUUUGGCCCCUGACCCCGUGAGUCCUUUGACCCCAAUCCUGGGCCUCCCAGCCUUGAUCCUUCGGGGGCCUCCUAACCCAAGUCUGGCUCUCCUGCUGCUGCCUUCAGAGCCUGAUCUUCCCAGACGGCCUCCGGGCCCCCAGCCCCAAGAUGAGCAGCAAUGACUCGUCCCUCUUGGCCGGAAUAAUCUAUUACUGUCAAGAAAAAUACUUCCGACAUGUGCAGAAUGCGGCUACGGAAGGCCUGGAGAAAUUCAGCAAUGAUUCCAUUCUGCAGUUCUUCAAGGCGUAUGGAUUGCUGCGAGAAGAACACAUCCAGGAUGCCAUCGGCGAGCUCGAGACUCUCAGGAGUCACCCGGACGUCUCCCUGUGCUCCAUAAUGGCCCUCAUUUAUGCCCACAAGCGCUGUGAGACCAUCGAUCGAGAGGCCAUUUCAGAACUUGAAAAUUGUCUCAAGGAAACCCGGAAAUCUGCUGGCGUGAAUGCCUUGUAUUACGCGGGGAUAUUUCUUUGGCUGAUGGGUAAAAAUGAAAAAGCCAAAGAGUACGUGGACCGAAUGCUCAAGGUGUCCAGCGGAUCCAGAGAGGGCUAUGUGCUCCGAGGAUGGGUGGACUUUACAUCUGACAAACAGCACAACGUCAAGAAGUCGAUCAAGUACUUCGACCAGGGGAUUCGCGACACUAAGGACGUGUUGGGCCUGAUGGGGAAGGCAAACUAUUUCAUGAUGCAACAGAAUUACUCGGGCGCACUGGAAGUUGUUAAUCAAAUUACAGUUACAUAUUUUAACUUCAUCCCAGCAUUCAUUCUGAAGAUGAGACUCUUUUUGGCCCAGCAGGACUGGGAGCAAACUGUUGAAACAGGAAACCGAAUCUUGGAGAAAGACGAUAACAACAUCGACGCCCGCCAGGUCCUGGCCGUGCAUGAGUUUGCCAGGGAAGGAGAUAUCAGCGAAGCCAUCAACCACGUGAGAAACCUGAUUAAGGCUUUGGAGACCAGGGAGCCCCAGAACCCGAGCCUCCAUCUGAAGAAAAUCAUCGUCAUCAGCAGGCUGUGUGGGAAGCACCAGCUCAUCCUGCAGCAGAUCUACAGCUUCAUCGAGCGCACCUUCAUCUCGGCGCCCUCAGACGCCCAGUUCGCCAACGAGCUGGGCUACCAGCUCAUCCUUCAGGAGAAGGUGAAGGAAGCCACUCUGUGGUACACGGAGGCCAUGAAGCUGGACGAGAGCAGCAUGUCAGCCCUGAUAGGUAUCAUUUGGUGUCAGAUCCUGGAGGGCAACCUGGAGGAGGCAGAGCAACAGCUGGAAUUCCUGAAGGAAGUUCAGCAAUCCCUGGGGAAGUCUGAGGUCCUGACCUUCCUGCAGGCCCUCCUGGCCUCCAAGAAGCACAAGAGCGAGCAGGUGGCCACGGCUCUGCUCAAGGAGGCGGCCGAGCUGCACUUCUCCAACAUGCAGGGCCUCCCCCUCAGCAUCGAGUACUUCGAGAAGCUCAAUCCCACCUUCCUGGUGAACAUCGUCAAGGAGUACCUGUUCUUCUGCCCCAAGCAGCCCAGAUCCCCGGGCCAGAUCAUCUCUCCUCUCCUCAAACAAGCGGCAGUGAUCCUGAACCCCGUGGUCAAAGUGGCCCCCGCCCUGAUCGACCCGCUGUACCUCAUGGCCCAGGUCAAGUACCUGUCAGGGGAACUAGAGAACGCCCAGAGCACCCUGCAGAGAUGCCUGGAGCUCGACCCGACCUCGGCCGACGUCCACCUCCUGAUGGCCCAGAUCUACUUGUCCCAGGGCAACUUCACCAUGUGCUCCCACUCCUUAGAGCUGGGGGUCAGCCACAACUUCCAGGUGCGCGACCACCCGCUGUACCACUUCAUCAAAGCGAGGGCCCUGAACAAGUCCGGGGACUACCCGGAGGCCAUCAAAACCCUCAAGAUGAUCAUGAAGCUCCCCACGAUGAAGAAAGGGGAGAACAAGAAGAGCAGGAGCUCCGGCAUCCAGCCCAGCGAGCGGGUGUCCAUCUUGCUGGAGCUCGCCGACGCGCUGCGCUUAAACGGGGAGCUGCACGAAGCCACCAAGAUCAUGCAGGACGCCAUCAACGAGUUCAGCGGCACGCCCGAGGAGAUCCGCAUCACCAUCGCCAACGUGGACCUGGCGCUGAGCAAGGGCAACGUGGAGAUGGCGCUGGGGAUGCUGAGGAACAUCACGCCCAAGCAGCCCUACUACACCGAGGCCAAGGAGAAGAUGGCGCACAUCUACCUGCACACGCGCAAAGACAUCCGCCUCUACAUCAGCUGCUACAGAGAGCUCUGCGAACACUUGCCAGGCCCUCACACCAGCCUCCUCCUGGGAGACGCCUUCAUGAAUAUUCAGGAGCCAGAGAAGGCUCUGGAGGUGUACGACGAAGCUUACCGGAAGAACCCUCACGACGCCUCCCUGGUCAGCAGGAUCGGGCAAGCUUACGUGAAAACGCACCAGUACAACAAGGCCAUCAAUUACUACGAGGCGGCCCAGAAGAUAAGCGGGCAGGACUUUCUGUGCUGCGACCUGGCCGAGCUGCUCCUGAAGCUCAAGAAGUUCAACAAGGCCGAGAAGGUGCUGAAGCAGGCGCUGGACCACGACUUCGUUAAUGACAUCCCUUCCAUGAUGAACGACGUCAAGUGCUUGCUCUUGCUCGCUAAAGUGUACAAGAAUCACAAAAAGGAGGAAGUGAUGAAGACUCUGAACAAGGCCUUGGACAUCCAGUCGAGGAUCCUGAAGCGGGUGCCCCUGGAGCAGCCCGAGAUGCUGCCCUCCCAGAAGCAGCUGGCCGCCUCCAUCUGCGCCCAGUUUGGGGAGCAGCACCUCUCGGAGCGGGACUACGUGAAGGCGGUCAAAGCCUACAAAGACGCCCUGACCUACUCCCCCAUAGACAACAAGGUGACACUGGAGCUGGCUCAGCUGUACCUGCUCCAGGGGGACCUGGAUGCCUGCGAGCAUCACUGCUCCAUCCUCCUCCAGAGUGACCAGAGCCACGAGACUGCCUGUGUGAUGAUGGCAGAUCUGAUGUUCAGAAAGCAGAAAUACGAAAGCGCUAUCGAUCUGUACCGGCAAGUUCUGGAAAAGGCCCCAGACAAUUUUUCAGUGUUGAACAAGCUGAUCGACCUGCUGAGGCGGAGCGGGAGGCUGGAGGACGCCCCGGCCUUCUUCGAGCUGUCCAAGAAGGUGUCCAGCCGCAUCCCGCUGGAGCCCGGCUUCAACUACUGCAAAGGCAUUUACUGCUGGCACGUUGGGCAGCCCAACGAAGCCCUGAAGUACCUCAACAAGGCCCGCAAGGACAGUGACUGGGGCCAGAGCGCCACCUACAACAUGGUGCAGAUCUGCCUCAACCCGGACAACGAGAUCAUGGGGGGAGAGGCGCUGGAGACGCUGGCCAUGGAGAACAGCAGCACCACGGAGAAGAAGGAGUCGGAGCAGCACGGGGUGCGGACGGCGGAGAAGCUCCUCCGCGAGUUCUACCCCCACAACAAGGAGGGCCAGGAGCAGCUGAAGAUGCUGCAGAGCUACUGCCUCCUGGCCACCAAGGAGAAGGCCAACGUGGAGACCGCCCUCGGGGCCUUCAUCGAGAUCGCCCAGAUGGAAAAAGAAAGCGUUCCGGCCCUCCUGGCCAUGGCCCAGGCCUACAUGAUCCUGAAGCAGAUCCCCAAGGCCCGCACUCAGCUCAAAAGGCUGGCCAAGGCCCCCUGGGCGCUGGCCGACGCCGAGGACCUGGAGAAGAGCUGGAUCCUCCUGGCCGACAUCUACUGCCAGAGCGGCAAGUUCGACAUCGCCUCCGAGCUGCUCCGCCGCUGCGUCCAGUACAACAAGUCUUGUUGUAAAGCCUACGAGUACAUGGGCCUCAUCAUGGAGAAGGAGCAGUCCUACAAGGACGCAGCGAGCAACUACGAGCUGGCCUGGAAGUACAGCAACCGGGCCAACCCUUCCAUCGGUUUCAAACUUGCUUUCAACUACCUAAAAGACAAAAGAUUUGUAGAAGCCAUCGAGGUUUGCCACAGCGUACUGAAGGAGCACCCCAACUACCCGAAGAUCCGAGAAGACAUUCUGGAAAAGGCCCAGGGCUCCCUGCGGCCCUAGCAGAGCUAGAGCCGGGGCUGGGCGCUGAGAUGGGGGACCGCCGCCUCUCCCUGCCGGAUAGAGCACAGCCCAGAGGAAGUGGGGGCUGGAGUGUACAGAGGCCUCGUUGGAAGGAGAAGAAAGAGACAUCAAGGGGGGCAUCUGUACCAUGGGAAUUUUAAAUUCUGAAGACCACACGAUCUUUCUCCUUCUGUGCUCUCUGCCCACUUGGUUUUGUUGGGUUUUGUAGCAAAAUAUGGGUGUAUUUUCCAGUAGGUGGGAAAAGAAAAAAAUUGAUUGAUAGGAGAGCUAGAGCUUUGUGUGAAAUUAAGAGUAGGGAGAUCUGACUCUGCCCUGGAGCUUUAGGUCCCUUUCUUUCUAUAGGCCUCUGUUAAAAAAAAAAAGGGGGGGGGGACAGAUAUUGAGCAAGAUAAUCCCCUAAAUUCUCCCCCGAAAAUCUGAAGUUUCAUGUCAUUCCCAGCGUUUAAUCUAUAAUGUGAUCACAGGGUCGGAGAUGAGGAGGGAUCUCCAUCCGGUCCAAUCCACCCUCUGUCAUUGGAGGAUACUAGAGGCCAGAGGGAGUUAAGGCAGGGAGCGGACGGGAGAACUGGGCCUCGCACCCAGGACCCGCUCGCUUCAUGAUGUCCGGAACGAGUUCCUAGGGAGACGUGUCUGGAACCGACCCAGAGCAAGUCUGUGCUCUGUAGCCCCGGCUCAGUCAGCAGCUGCACUGGCGCUGGGCCUCUCGGCCGCUCCUUCCCAACCCUGGAAGAUGGAGGAACGAUGAUUCUAGAAAGCCGGUGGUGGCCGAGUGUUAAAACUCAGAGCUCAACUCGGAUCAAAAUCAACCCGGCAGCCGGCUCGGAGGGCUGAGAAUCACUUGAAAGCGUGGGGGUUUGAGCCUCGGAGCGGGGUGAGGUGCGGGGGGGAAUGCUGGCGCCAUCUCCAAGUGUGCAAAGGGUUGUGGGUUGGAGCAGGGCCGAGGCUUCUUGGCCGGGCCCCGGAGGGCAGGACCAGGAGGAUGGGGGGAAAGGUGUCAGGAAGUGCCCUGGCAGUGGGGCGGGAACGCUUCCUCCCAGUCAGAGUGUCCAGGGGCUGCCCCGGAGGCUCCCCGCUGCCGAGCUUUGUACAGGCCGAGGCUGAAGGUGGAAGGCUGUGGCAGGAAAGCCGGGCUUGGCUACAGGGAAGCCGGGCUUGGGGGAUGAAAUUAAACAAAGGAGCCGCUUCAAGACUUCUGUCCUCCAAGCUUCACUGCUGGAGUCUCUGGGCCCUUUGAUGCUGCAGUGAGUUAAAAAAAAUACAUUGAUCCUUGACAUGGAGAAAGAAAGGGAGGCUGUCCUUCCCAUAAGGAGUUUCCAUGUGCUGUGGGCCCACUUCCCGCCUCACCUUCUCUUCCCACUUUAUAGGACGCUGUUAAGUAAGCUUGUGUGGGAUAGUGAACAGGCCCCCAGGGAUGCUGCUAACGAGACAUGAGAUUUUUGCAGUCAGGUCAUUAGGUCAGACUUCCCUAAACCAAUUUCCUUUUUUUCCUCUUUUUUUUUAAUUUUUAAAUUUAAAUGUAAAUUUUUCACAUUUUUGUAAAUUUAAAUUUAAAUUUAAAAACUUUUUAAAAAUUUAAUAUCAUUAAAAUAUUUUAUUUUUCCAAAUCCCUGCAUUCACCUUUGCAAAACCUCAUGUUACAAGUUUUUCUCUCUCCUGCUCUUCUCCCCAAGAGAGCAAGCAAUCUGCUGUAGAGUAAACAUGCAGUCCCUCUCUAUUUCCAUAUUUGUCAUGAUACACAAGAAAAAUCAGAUCAAAGGGGGAGAAAAACACAAGAAAAAAAAGCAAACGAGCAAUGAUAAAAAAGGGAAAAUCCUACGCUUUGAUCCACAUUCGGUCUUUGUAGUUCUCCGUCUGGAUGUGGAGGGCGCUCCGAAAACCAAUUUCCUUAACAGAAAGUUGGCCCGUUAGACCGUCUGCUGCUUGAAAAGGCUUCUAAAGUCUGAGAAGACAAAUAAAUGAUUGUGAAUUGUGUA